AUGGAGCACCCAGCGUCGGGGCGGGCCAACCCGGAGUAUACGACCCCGGGCAAUGGCGACAACAACAAUCACAACAGCGGCCGACAAAACUACGGCCACACAAGGACCACCUCAACGGACCUCCUCGCACCCACACCCGACAUCGAAUUCCCAGCAUCACCACCUGCACCACGACGCCCGCAAGUCUCGUACGCACCCACCAGCCCUCCGCCCCGCGAAACACAGACAAUAUCCCCUCCAACCAGCUUCGGGUUAGGCAUUGGUCCCACCGCCCAGCAUAGCCAACAUCUCCACACAACGCAAUACUAUGGUAAUGGUUACUACAACAUCUCGCGGGACACGCUCCAGCAGGACGGAGAAGACGACGACAGCCCGCCAACAAGCCCCCCGCCGGCGAAUUAUGCGUCCAAAUCCGGCGCUACGGCACACGCCUACCCGCUCGAUACCAUGCGCAGUGGUGAUGGUGCGGGGGGGUACUAUUACCAUCCUUCUCACGGCGGCGGUGAUGGUAACGGCAAAAACCCGUUCGACGACCCCAGUCCUAGCCCCGGCGGUCCACCACAUCCAAAGCGAUCCUUCCCCCUCUGGCGACUCGCCGUCGGCGGCUGGCGUAUGUACGGGCUUUUUCUGUUUGGUUUCGCCUGCGCCGUGGGCCAUCACGCGUUUUACUCCAGUCUGGACGGGAAACCGGCGGAUGACCAGAUCAAGAUGAUGCGGUUUGGCGGGUUGCUGUCGUAUGCGGCGAAGGCGGGGUUGUUGGCGGCGGUGAUCUUUGCGUAUCAGCAGCAGGUGUGGGUGACGGCGAUUCAUAAUACGAUGCGGUUGAGGGCGGUGGAUAGUUUGUUUGCGGCUUCGAAUGAGCCGCAUGCGUUGUUGAAUUGGGAGUUUGUGCGGAAGGCGAGGGUGGCUACUGCGCUGGCUGUUGCGGCGUGGCUCUUCCCUCUAACAGUGAUCCUAACCCCCGCCACGCUGAGCGUCGCCCCUAUGACCACUGUCGAGCACACAACCUGUCCCGGCGUCCGCACGCUCAACUUUGAGCACGAAACGACCAAGAACUGGCGGAUCCUCAACCGCAUUAACGGCUUCCGCGACAUCUCCAUGUCGCUCUGGAACUGCACCAUGUGGGACAGCUCCGACAUGAUCGACAGGAAUUUCAGUUCCGACUUCUUCGACUACUGGACCGGCGGCAGCGCCCAGCUGGAUUUAGUUACCGCCCAGAGCGGGCUCACCGGCGCCGUCAUCCCCCGCUGGGGCGCCUCACUCGAGACCUGUGGCGGAGGCUGGAACUGCAGCUACGUGAUCAACUUCGUGGCUCCCGGUUACAAAUGCACCGAGCUCGCCCGCGGCCAGACCCUCGACAAGCCGGCUCUCGACAAACAGGGCGUGGCCUUCGAUGUCAGCGCCCUCGUGCCCGAGGGCGACUGGGGUUACGCCGCGAUUACCCACAUGGGCGACUACUACCCCGAACAAGUCGCCGUCGGCGGAGGCGGCCGCCCGGAAAAGGACCCCCCUUACCCGCCCCAUCUCGGCGUCUUCCGCACCGAACCCGUGCUCUGGAUCGGCCACACCGAAUACAAAGGCCCCGCAAACAAAUCCCCUCCCAUGUCACGCACCGACCCGCACUGGAACACCUACUUCGAAGCCGUGGUCACCCGCUGCGAGCACUACGUCGUCAACUACACGGUCCAAUUCAACCACACGGCAACCCAACAAACCACCACCGUCCUCUCGCGCACCUACCUCCACCCGGUCAUCGACACCACCUACGACCCCAACCGCAACGCCGACGACGGCACCUUCGACAACACCACCGCCGUCCCCGAAUCCAACUACAUCUACCCGCUCGACGUCGCCCGCUACCGCCUGACCGCCGCCUACCACGGUCUCGGCGAACGCAUGCGUGCCUUCCUCGACGGCCGCAUCCGCUACACCCCCUACGCCACCGUCGACUCCGACAUCACCAAGACCGUCCUCAUGGACACCGAGACCUACCUCCCGGUUCCCAACCUCAUUUCUUCCAUCCAGACCUUCUACGAAAACAUGACCCUCUCCCUGCUCUCCAACCCGCAAUUCGUCGUCGUCGCCUGGGCCGCCGACCCCUCCCGUCGCAGCGGCUUAACCGUCCGCCCCGCUGGCACCGACCACCUCCGUCUGCUCAACCACACCGACAGCGACCCGCGGGACCCCUCCAUCGCCUACCCGUGCACGCGCACCCGCAUCGCCAACGCCUACGUCUUCAACCGGCGGGAUCUAUGGAUCGCAUACGCCGCUGCCUCGGGGGCCGCGCUAGCGGCCGUCAUCCUGGGGUCGGCGGCGCUGAGUCAGAAUGGGUUUCGCGAGCGGGAUACGAGGUUAUCGAGUGUGGUUGCAGCGACGAGGGCGCCGUGUUUGGGGGCGUUGCCGUGGGAGGGACAUAAAAAUACCCCCCUCACAACCGCAAUCCCCCUCAACGGCCCCCACACAAGCGCCGUAACCAACCCCCUAAACCUAGGCAUGUGGAUGGGCGGGGUGGGCAGUGCACAGGGGGUGAUGGCCGCGGCAGCCGCGGGGGGGAGUAGUAGGGUGUAUUAUGGGUUUGCGCCGAGGGAGGUGUUGGAACGGUCGAGGGUUGCUGUUUUUGGGACUGGUUCUGGGGCGGAUACUAGGCAUGGGGGGAAAGGGGGAGUCGAAGGUGGGGGGGAUGAGGGGGUGAGGAAGAGGAAGAGGAUGAGCGCGUGGAGUUUUCGGAAUUGGGAGGAGAGGUGGCGGGAGGGGGGAUAG